CAAAUGUGGCAGUCCAAGUUUCAUAUCUUGAAGCCAGGGCUCCAAAUCAGACAUCAUGCCGCCACAAAUUCACCCCAUGGACGUGAUUGAUCUCAUGGAUUAAUGUCCUCCUGCAGCUGAUGCACUGUCACUGUGGUCUACCAUCAGUGCCUUGAAGUGCCCGAGUUGUUCAAAUCUUAGACAGAAGUGUGAUCAGAAGUGAACAUGUGAGAAAGACCUGGUUGCAGAACUGAGCAUUUCCUGCUGCUUCUUAUGUAUUAGUAGUCAGAGCAUCAGGACACGCAGAGCGAAGUUCAGCAGCACCUGAGCUCUCCUCGGCUUCCCAUCAGAAAGCAGUGCUACACCCAGCAUGUCAGCGCUCGGAGGAUGUCGUCCCAGAAAGGCUGAAAUGAGCUGAAGUCAACGUGUACCAGAUAUUUGCGCUCACAUCCGUCAGCUCUGCACAAGCAAGGUCUUUUGAACAACAAUGUUGCCGCUCAGCGUGAAGAUGUAUCUGGCUCUGCUAUGGGGAACGUUUGUUUUGUUUUCUGUGGAGUCCAUGGGCACUCCCAUCCCAGACCCCAGCAUGAACUCAACCGCUGGACCCAGCGAGACGUCCGAGCCGCCGAUCAGUGCACAUGUAGCUCAUAAUGAAGCGGGGACGCAGCCUGGGGCCUGGUAUCCAACUCACAAACCUGCAAAAGCGAGUGUUUCUGCAACAGCUCAGACCACUGUUCCACCCGCAGUGGAAACAGAGGAGGGGGCCGUCACUCAUAGCAGUGACAGCUCAUAUGACAGCAUGACUGCUUUGGUGGCCACGAACGCUGCAGCAGCGACUGCAGGUCCACGGCUGCUUCACACGGCCACAGCAGUGACCACAGCAGCAGGUGAAGCAAGACCUUCCAACAGCAUGACGAUCUCAGGAACAGCAACACCCGCUGAGGGUCAGUUCCAUCAGCAGUCAGCCACCACCUCUAAUGCAACAACCUCUGCAGCAUCUUUAACAACAGAGUCUUCGUCGUGGCCUACGUCCACCACUCAGCCUGCAGAGGGUCAGUUCCAUCAGCAAUCAGCCACCACCUCUAAUGCAACAACCUCUGCAGCAUCUUUAACAACAGAGUCUCCGUCGCGGCCUACGUCCACCACUCAGCCUGAAGCUACGUCCAAAUUAUCUUCCGCCGCCUCCCCCGCUCAUCCUACUCAGACUUCAGCCUUCAUCGAGAACCUCAGCAGUCCCUCAGCUUCUCCUGCGUCCGCAGUGACGGCGAACUCCACCUCUGAGGCAGCACUUGUGUUCGACCCCACAGCUUCGCCUGUCACAACGAGUGAGACGUCCGCCACCAGCACUCAACAUUCAGCUAUGUCUCAGCACGCUUCUGUUCCAACAAUCCGCAUCUCCACGUUGGGGUUUACUGACCCAGGAGGGUCGAGGUCUACCGCCGAGCCUCCUGCUAUCUCGUCCUCAACUGAUCCUGCCAACACCACCCCCAUCUCCACCAGUCCCACAGGAAUCUUCAUCCCUCAUGUGCCCAAGAGGUUGCCGAUCCCAACGGCCAAAUCAACUCCGGCAACUGCAGCAACGCCGCGUGAAGUCUCAAAGAGCCCCCCCAGCGGUGAUGUCCAACCCUGCUCCACCCGGGGCGUGGUGAAACACUGCCUCAUCGCCAUCGCCUCCCUGGCUGGGUUGGCCACCAUCUUCAUGGUUUCUACCAUCAUCCUCUGCACCAAACUUUCAGCAAGGAAGUACAAGGUGAAACCCCAGCCGGCCACAGAGAUGAUGUGCAUCUCUGCCCUGCUGCCGGAGAGGAUUUACACCUACUCGAGACAACGCAGCCCAGUGACUAACGGAGUGCUGGUGAUGCAUGGCGGUGGAGACAGCGACGAGGAGGGUGGAGAUAACCUCACUCUCAGCAGCUUCCUUCCAGAAAAUGAACGUUCUGUUUAGACAUCAUCAGACCUCAGAUUGGACUGAUCUGUCUGAUGUCAGUGAUGUGGAAACAGUUGCUGUUUGAAUAAACUCGUACUUCCCUUUUGAUGUCUGCGGUUCGGCUUCGCUGCACGCCCUAUUCUUGCGAAGGAAAAGAAACCACACACACACGCUGCCUGUUCAUGUCCCUUGAACCGUAUCUGCCAUUUGCAGUUGGUAAGCUCGGGUCAUCAAAUGUGUAUUUUAGGCAAGAGCCAAGAUUUUUUUGCAUAACUUUACACUUGCCCUCCGCCGGAGACUUUAAGCCCGGGUCGGGAGAGUGAUCAAAGAUUUCUUUUUUUGAAACAUCCUGAGCUGAGCCCUGAUGGUGUUUCACUUAGCGACGGGGGGACAGGAAGCCUCGUUUUGUCAAGGGAUUACUGUUCUUCACAGACGCUGCACAGUUUACAAGCGCUAUUCUGGCAGCACUGAGGCUUAAUUGUAUGAAUGCUGUAAUUUGAUGAAGUGUAAACUUGAUGUGACCCUUUUUAAGUGGGUGUUGGUGUAGAGAUGGAGUUUCUUUAUUGUGAUAAUUUAUUAAACGAAUGCUUUGUUGUACAGGUCUGUUGCUGUCUAAUCAUUUCUGGAAAGAACCAUGUGAUUUUGUGUUGGCUGCAGUAGCUCAGCACUGAAUUGGAAUUGAUUAUCUGGUAAUUUAGCAGCUGAACACAUUGUGUAUUUAAUGAACACCCUCUAAGGAAAUGAUGGGAAAACGCUUAGACCUUACAGACCUGUAAAGCAAAGGUUUCUCUAGCUGUAUUGACCCUGACAUUUAAAAUGAGAACAUGUUUUGAGUCAUUCAGAUAAACUUUGUGCUGUUUAACAUAAGAGCUCAGGAGACGAAGGAGUUCUUGUUAUGUGUCUUUAAAUGGUUAAAAGUCAUAAUAAAACUGAUCGCUCAGUGGACUUAGACAGUUCCCUUGUUUAUGAA